CUUAGAUCCAGUACGUGACUGAAAAUACCUACCUGCUAUGUGAACAGAUAUACAAAUUUGACGAUCCUCCUCCUUAAUUCUCCUUUAGAUCCAACCGUCGAGCUUCUCAUUUUGGCUUUCAACUAUAAGAGGAUAUCAUCAGGAUGAGAUUCCUGAAUACUAAUAUGGGCUUGGUGUCAACCGGCAUCCUAUGGCUCGCCUCGACAGCAGCCGUCAUAGCGCAGACAUGCGAUCUUCCGUCAACUUAUCGCUGGGCAUCUACAGGCGCACUGGCAACACCGAAGUCUGGUUGGGUCUCGCUUAAAGACUUCACUAACGUCGUCUACAAGGGCCAACAUCUUGUGUAUGGGACAACUCAUAACACGGGGUCGGGCUGGGGCUCAAUGACCUUCAGCCUCUUUUCAAACUGGUCUGACAUGGCCACGGCCAGCCAAAAUACGAUGAGUGCAGGCACAGUAGCACCCACAUUAUUCUACUUCAAACCGAAGGACAUCUGGGUGCUUGCCUACCAAUGGGGACCGACGGCAUUCUCCUACCGAACGUCAACCGAUCCUACCAACGCAAAUGGGUGGUCAUCGACGCAGACACUUUUCUCCGGAACCAUCUCGGGCUCUGGUACCGGCUGUAUUGAUCAAACAGUCAUCGGUGACGACACAAAUAUUUACUUGUUCUUUACCGGAGAUAAUGGCAAGGUCUAUCGGGCUAGCAUGUCCAUUGACAAGUUUCCCGGCAGUUUCGGCACAUCGUCAACGGUGGUCCUAAGCGACACAACCAAUAAUCUCUUUGAAGCCGUCCAGGUCUACACUAUUCAGGGUCAGAAAAAGUACCUCAUGAUCGUCGAGGCGAUCGGGUCAAACGGGCGAUACUUUAGAUCAUUUACGGCCGACAGUUUGGACGGUUCCUGGAAACCGCAGGCCGCAACCGAGAGCAACCCAUUUGCUGGCAAGGCCAACAGUGGUGCUACUUGGACCAACGACAUUAGUCACGACUAUGACAUUGACCCAUGUAACCUAGAGUUGCUUUAUCAAGGCCGAGAUAAGAAUUCCGGUGGUGACUAUGGUUUAUUGCCUUACCGUCCCGGUGUUCUGACACUGCAGCGUUAG